UAUGUCAGGUGGCAUUGACUCCAGCAACAGGUUGAUCUGAGGUUGUAAUAAGCAUGUUGUUUUACCUGAAAAACCUUUUGAUGGUGGAGUUCCUGUCAGGAAUAAUUGACUUGUUGGUUGAAGAAUCUGGUAAUAGUGUCGUGCUCAGUUGCUUUUAAGCUGCAUUUCUGUCAGUUGCAAUUAACUAAUCUUGUAUCCUGUGACCUGUUGGGGUUGUGUUGUAAUCCAGAAUUGCAUAAUAAGAUUUCACUGUCUACUACAUCCAGUCAGUGACCACUUCAAGGCAGCACACCAAGUCUGAGGAACCCUCAUCUACAGCAGUAUGUUUGUCUUGAUUACAACAGGGACACAUACAGCAGACUGGCUGCAUGAGGAGAUGUGAGUCCUUCAAAAAUGGACUAAAUAGUUAGACUGGUAACAGAAACAGUGGACCUCUACCAUCCUGCCAUGGAGGGGUCAACUCCAAAAAAAAAACCAGGAUACGGGCGUCACAAAAAAGAGAAUUCUGGUGGUCACCCUGUGCUGUUCCAUCAGUCCACAGCAGACUGGAGCGGUGAUGAGUCUGUUCAGCCCAGGAAACUGAGUGGCUCCUCAGUGGAAACACCAAGCUACCAGAACCUGCACAGGGAGCUGCUGCUCAGCCAUAAAAGGGGCCUGCUGUCGGAGGGGAAACCGGAGCUGAAGCGAGUGUUGGAGCAGCGUAGGCUGGAGCUGCACAAGGAGGAGGAGAUGGCACAGAGGCGGCCCUCAGACCUGGAGAGAGAGCUUCACAAGAGGCAGCAGAAGCUGCAAGAGUACGAGCAAGAGGAGAUCAGGCAGCGGGAGAACCAGCAGAAGAUUCCAGAGUUUGUCCGUGUGAAGGACAACCUGAGGCGCACACAGACAUCUGAGCAGUGAGGCCCAAAAGCUCCUAUCAGCCCCUGCCGCAUCUCACCAUAGUGGCCGCAAAACUUUCUGUUUCAUUUGAUGCAUAAAAAUAAAUCAGAGAGGCAUCAUCUGGAUUCUCAUCUCUGAAUUUUGUUUAGAAAUACCAGAAUAUUCUAUGUUCAGAAUAUAUUUUUAACAAGCACUACUUUGUUUCUGAUGUUGGAAUGUUGGUAAUUAUAAUUAUAAUAUAUAAAUAUUUGGGUCUGUGUUUGUUAAGUGAAAUCAAAAUGACAGCUCACAAGCUGAUUUCUUUUCAUGUCUUCUAUGGUAAAUGUAGCCUACUUUCUUUUUUUGUCUUUUUCAAAUCAACUCCGCAUGCUUCAUCGGCCAAGCCUCUUAUUAAAAAAGACCCACUGUUGUGGGAUUGAUAUCAGUCACAUUUAUCAACAGAACUGUUUUUGUAGCAGUAGAGAUCCCAGAGUGUUACAGAUUGACAUGUCUCUUUGUACGUUUUUGUCAUGACGUUUUAUCUUCAGUGUGUCUGUGUGCUGUGGAAAUAAAGAUUUUAUGGUUUGCAGAGA